GAAAGUCCCGGCUGUUACACAAGCAGCUGUUUUUCACGCCUACAAGAAGCCGCUCCCUGCAGCACUCUGUGUUUCACUCGCUUUCAACCUGAGGCGGCUCCAUAAACGAUAACGCUCACGAUGUCAAAGCACAGCAUCACCCUGCUGAUCGCCAUAGCGCUGGCUGUGGUGUUCUUCGUCAUCACCAUGGUGUUCUCUGCUUUGGCAGCAUCUGGAAAACAUCCAUUUUUACAGUCCACCAGUAAUAUUUCAGAUGAGUUUGUAACCCAGAUCACACCAGCAGGAUGGACCUUUAUCAUCUGGUCGUUCAUUUACAUCUUCCUUGCUUUGGUGUUGGUGUACGUCCUCUCCGGCAUCUUUAGAAAAAAUACGCACGGUUACGUCUACUGCAGUCCGGCUGUUUUGCCACAUGGAUUUUAUGUGGUUUGGUGCUUGAAUCUGACUCUCAACACUACAUGGUUGUUCAUGUGGGACAGAAAGUUGAUGGGUGCCGCGCUGGCUUUCCUCAUCCUAAUCACCCUAACGAACUACGCGUUGAUAUUCUUCUCCUGCCAUGGUCUCCACAACUAUGGCGCCUGGCUCAGCAAGUACCACAAAGUCGACCUGUGGCUUCAGCGCGUUCUGGUCCAGAACGGCAUCGCCAUAUAUGCGACGUGGACAACAAUCGCCUCUCUGGUCAACCUGUCCAUUGUGCUGAAUUACAAUGCCAACGUGUCCCCAGCGGACGCUGCCACCGCCUCCCUGUCGAUUCUGACUGUACUGUUGGUCGUGUGGUUCUUCCUGGAAAACUUUGUCCUCGACAAACAUGUGAGGUACAUCUUGACCAUUUACCCCUUUGUGAUCUGGGCGGUGACCGGGGUGUUCUCGAAGAACAACAACGCUGCAGAUCCCAGUCCAAAUAACAUCUUCACCACCAUACUCUUGGCCGCAGCCUGUGUCAUGUGCACUGCACGGAUAGCUCUGGUCACCUGGAAGCACAUCAAAAGGCCAUUGUACAAAGACGCCAGCGCGGACAGCAUGUCUCCGAUGGAGAUCGCUGGGAGGCAGAAAAACAUAUUCAUCUAAGAAUGUUUGAUCGAUACUUUGAGGAUAAACCUUUCUGUAUUCAUGCAGUAGUGUUCCUGUAUGACGUGUAAAUUCUAAACGCUUGACUGUAUGACUGAUUUUUGCCACAAAAUCUAGAUUCUUAAAAUGAGUUUUACAAAGAUGAGUAGAUUAAAUGGAAUGUUGCUGAGGACAAAUUGAAGUUGUCUCAUGUGCUCAGCUUUAAAUACACGCUGUUCUCAAACUGCACUCUGGGUUGUAAUGACAUGUUUAAUUAAUUUCAGCUGUAUUUAGAAAAAUGUUAUGUGUGCCUGUGUUUCAUUUUAUAUGCUUUUAAAAAUAAAUGUGACUUUCCUAACA